GCAAAGGGGAGCGUCCGAGAGAAAGAUGCACACCCCUGGGAAGUGUGCAUUGCCUAAAUUACUUUCUUUGCUCCUCUUUGUCCCGGUUCCCUUUUCUGUAUAAUGCAGGCAGGCUUGCUGUGAUGGGUAAAUAAGUCGUCUGUGUUAAGCGGUGGAUCCAGGGGUAACUGGAGGUGUUUAUCCCUGCCCUCCCUCCAGGAAGAACUGCCUGCCACACACAAAUGCACCUCUUCUUCGUCCCAGCUUCCAGUACUUUCUCCCCUCAACCCAGAGUUCCUGAUCAGAAUGGCUCCAGGCUGUGACAUCACAGAGCCCCCACCCCUGUCACAGGAGGAGAGGAGUCAUGAGGCUAUGGCUGUGGGCUUGGGUGUGGGUGUGGCUGCUGGGGCUGGGGGCCAUAGAAACAGCACCCAGCCCACAGAGGGCCAACACCUUGACCCGGGGAGCAGAGUCUGUGCUCUUCCUGGACAGACCUGACUUCUUUGAUUACCCAGACUCAGACCAAGCCAGGCUCCUGGCCGUGGCCCGGUUUAUUGGAGAGAAACCCGUCAUCUUUGUUAACUCAGGAUACAACUCUGAGUUCUUCUAUCACAUCCUAGUGGGUGCUCUGGUAGUGGCCUUCCUCUUCCUCCUUUUCCAGUUCUGCACACACAUGAGCUGCCAAAAAGGGGCCUAAGGAGCCGGACAAGGGCCUUGCACUCUGCCCUGAGUGCCCAAACCUGCCCUCCUUUCCCGCUGAUGAAUAAAAGUCUGUUUUUUUCUUCCCUGA